UUGACUCCAUAUGUGCCUCGUCACUGGAAAUCGAAUGCCUUAAAUACGCUGCACGAGGCCGAGAGACGAGUACAGAAAGACCACUUGAAUGCCCAGGACUCUGCUGCUGGCUCUGGGCUGCCGGUGGCAUUGCCUCACAUCCACUCGCCAGAUCCUGCACCUGAGCCGAUCAACUACUCUUCUCCGCAGCCUCACGUCACAGCAGUCACCAAUGAGAUCAUACGCUUUCGCGAUCUGAAUCUACCCAUUUGCCAUGUCAUAUGCUCACUGAAGCUGGUAUUGUGGGACCUCACGGCAUUCCGAUUCGUCUUCAAACUCCAGAUUGGUCGCCAAUCAGCAGCAAAUCCUCCGCUGAACAAUGGAGUUGGAGCAACGGUGGGUAGCUACGACGACGUCUUCCAGUAUGUAUUGCAGUCCGGUGAUUGGACUGCGAAGCCGCAUGCAGAACUGCAAGCAUUGCUGACAUUGUGGGAUCAUCUGGCCAAGUGUGCUCUGCCGCCUGCUGAAAAUGUGUCACAUCUGCCACAGAUGUCACAUAUAGCCCAUACGCCCGGGUCCAAUGCACGGCCAGGCGAAAAGCGGAGACGAGGCUAUGAUGAUGACGAUUCGACAUUCUCCGCGCCAGCAACAGCAUCGCCAGCUAAGCGGGCCAGCCUUAUUCCGCCACCUGCACCCUUUUCAUCCAGUAUUUCUGUCAACCCUGGAUUACUGGCAAUCUUAGCAGACGGCUCUGAUGCCGAUUCUGUCGAGGACAAUUUGACACUCUCCGCUCUCACGACAGCACUGCCAGCUACGCGGCCUAGCUUUACUCAGUCACGUGGACGAGGCAACUCCGUCAUCAUUUGCACUGCCAUGCACCUGCACAACGUGGAGCCUCUUUCGCCGGUCGCUAUUCCUGCCCCAUGGCUGCACGAUCAACUCAUAGCCGUGCUGCCCGGCCAGGACUCAAGCGCUCUUGCUGCACGAUCUUUGUUGCGGAUCUACAUGCAAGGCCUGGAAGGAGUUAUGCCGAGCCCAGAUGUUGCGUCGCUGGAAUCCAGAACUAUCGCUGCCAUCGAAGCCGCCUUUGCAAACGGCGUCCCAGCAAUCGUACAAGAAAUUGACGCCCAGUGCUCUGGCGGUAAGGACACAGACGUCAGACUGGUGCAAUCCGUCAAGGAUGACUGCUCCGAUCUGCUUGGAUCUGCUGCUGAUGGCGAAUACCCCAGGGUUAUCGCCACGCUCUAG